GCCCUGUGUGCUCCAGUGAUGGGGCGGUGAGGAUGCCAGACAAUCUCCUGCAGACUUUUCUUUAUUAAUUCCAUCUCUCUUUUUUUUUUCUUUUUUAUCCUAUUUGCUGCCAUGUUGCGGGUUGUAGUGGAGUCGGCUAGAGGGCUGCCUAAGAAGAGAGUUGGAAGUCCUGAUCCAAUUGCCUCUGUGAUUUUUAAAGAUGAGAAGAAGAAAACUAAAUCGAUUGACAACGAGUUGAAUCCUGUAUGGAAUGAGGUGCUUGAGUUUGACCUAAAGGGCAUUCCACUGGACUCCAGCUCCUACAUAGAUGUGAUUGUGAAAGACUAUGAAACCAUCGGGAAGGACAAAUUCCUUGGAUCAACCAAAAUCCCUUUGAGAGACCUUGCUGCAGGUCAAGUGAGAUCACUGCCAUCCAAAAAUGUUCCUUUGGUCAAUGAAAGUGGACAGAACAUUGGAGCUACAAUCAACCUUGUGAUUGGCUAUGAUCCUCCACCCAAUGCUGCACCAAACCCCAAUGACCCUGAUGCUGGAGAUGCUGCAGUGGAUGCUGGAGAUGGCGGUGAUGGUGGUGAGGAAGGCAUUGAGACUCAACCAGACGGAGGUCAAAGUGGCGCUGCAGGCGUCUCCUCAGCCGCUGGUCAGUCCGUUAGCCUUCGAAGGAGGGUGGCCCGGGCACAGAAUCGCCACCGACUUGUUAACAAGCCUCAGGACUUCCAGAUUCGUGUCCGGAUCAUCGAGGCCCGUCAGUUGUCGGGCAACAACAUCAAACCAGUAGUGAAGGUUAAUGUGUGCGGACAGACCCACAGGACAAGGAUCAAGAGGGGAAACAACCCCUUCUUUGAUGAGAUGCUCUUCUACAAUGUCCACAUGCUACCAUCAGAUCUGUUUGAUCAGAACAUUAGUAUCCGGGUGUAUGAUUCCUAUUCACUGAGGGCUGACAGUCUCAUGGGAGAAUUCGAGCUGGACGUUGGUUAUGUUUAUGAUGAACCAGCCCACUGUGUGAUGAGGAAGUGGCUCCUGUUGAAUGACCCAGAUGACGCCAGCUCUGGAGCUAAAGGCUACCUGAAAGUCAGCCUCUUCGUGGUGGGGAUUGGAGAUGAACCUCCGGCGGAGAAGAGGGAGUCUAAUGACGACCAGGACGACAUAGAGAGUAACCUGCUGCUGCCGGCAGGCGUGACUCUGCGAUGGGCCACUCUGUCACUGAAGGUGUUCAGAGCUGAGGACGUUCCCCAAAUGGAUGAUGCUUUUGUCCAGAGCAUGAAAGAGUUUUUUGGAGGAAGUCAAAACAAGAAGAACCUGGUGGAUCCCUUUUUAGAGGCUCGCUUUGCUGGCAAAAAGCUGUGCAGUCAGGUCGUUGAGAAAAAUGCAAACCCUGAGUGGAACCAAGUCCUGAACCUUCAAGUCAAGUUCCCUUCCAUGUGUGAGCGCGUCAAACUGACAGUGUUUGAUUGGGAUCGUUUGACAGGAAACGAUGCUAUUGGCACCACAUACCUGAACCUUUCCAAGAUAGCUUCCUCUGGCGGAGAGAUAGAAGAGGAACAUGCGGGAAAUGGGGAAAUGGCAUCAUAUGAAGCUAACUCAGGGCAGUCCGAGGUGGGUUUCUUGCCUGUGUUUGGACCGUGCUAUGUCAACCUGUACGGGAGUCCCAGAGAGUUCAGCGGCCUGCCGGACCCGUAUGAAGAUCUGAACUAUGGCAAGGGAGAAGGAGUGGCGUACAGGGGCAGGAUUCUGGUGGAGCUGUCCACCAAGCUAGAGGGGAAAGCAGACAAAACAGUAGACAACAUCCACAGUGAUGACAUCCUGGUGGCACAGAAAUACCAGCGGAGGAGAAAGUACUGUCUGUGUGCAGUUUUCCACAGCGCCACCAUGAUUCAGGAACCGGGAGAACCAAUCCAGUUCGAGGUCAGCAUUGGUAACUAUGGCAACAAACUGGACACCACCUGCAAACCGCUGGCCUCCACCACUCAGUACAGCUGUGCUGUGUUUGAUGGUAACCACUAUUACUACCUGCCCUGGGCAAACACUAAACCAGUGGUUGUAGUUACCUCAUACUGGGAGGACAUCAGCCACCGCCUGGACACCGUCAACAUUAUCCUCUACAUUACUCACCGCCUGCAAUCCAACCUGGAGGCAUUUAAAACUGCCAUAUUGGCUAAAGUCUCCGACAACAAACUUGUAGAGGUGUGGCUGAAGUUGCUCAAUCAGCUAAUUGAAGACCUGGAGAGCUUCCCAACACCUGAGCUGGAGGGCCGCUCUAACCUGACGUCUCUGGACAUCCAAAUCAAGAAGCUAAGAGACAGCGCUUUGACCACCAUGAGGGACGGAGCCAGACGCAUGAGAGAGGAGGCCGCAGAGAUCCGCGACACUCUGUCAGACUUAGAGUCCUGGGCUGACAAACUCAAACAGCUGGCUGAGGAGCCCCAGAACAGCAUGCCUGACGUGAUCAUCUGGAUGCUACGUGGUGAGAAGAGGGUUGCCUACAGCCGUAUCCCAGCUCACCAAGUCCUCUACUCUACAUACAGCGAACAGGCCUGUGGUCAGCACUGUGGCAAGACACAGACUGUGUUUUUACAGUACCCCAUGGACAAGGCCAAGGGCUUGAAGGUGCCAGUUCAGAUUAGAGUCAACAUGUGGCUGGGUCUGUCUGCGCAUGAGAAGAAAUUCAACUCCUAUUCUGAGGGAACCUUCAGCGUGUUUGCUGAGCUGUAUGAAAACCAGGCUAAGGUAUUUGGGAAGUGGGGAACCACAGGACUGGUUGGACGCCAUAAAUUCUCAGACGUAACAGGCAAACUGAAGCUGAAACAGGAGUACUUCAUGCCACCCAGAGGAUGGGAGUGGGAGGGUGACUGGUACAUAGAUCCAGAGAAAGCUCUGCUAACGGAGGCAGAUGCAGGACACACCGAGUUCAUGGAUGAAGUUUUCCAAAAUGAGACCCGAUUUCCUGGUGGAGAGUGGAAGGCUGCCUCUGAGCCCUUCACUGAUGUGAAUGGGGAGAAGAGCCGCAACCCCGGAGAGUUUGAUUGUCCUCCAGGUUGGAUGUGGGAGGACGAGUGGACUGUGGACGACAACAGAGCCGUGGACGAUCUAGGCUGGGAGUAUGGAGUGACCAUUCCUCCAGACGACAAGCCUCGGUCCUGGGUCCCUGCGGAGAAGGUCUACCAUGUCCAUCGCAGGAGAAGGCUGGUUCGACCUCGCAAGAGAACCGCAGCAGCCGGAGCAGCUAUGGAGAAAAGGGACCAUGGUGACCCUGAGGGCUGGGAAUUCUCGUCUCUUAUCGGCUGGAAAUUCCACAGAAAGGAGCGAUCAUCGGAUACGUUUCGACGAAGGCGCCGGAGACGAAAGAUGGGACCAGAAGAUCGCCUCGGAGCGUCCGCCAUCUUCCAGCUGGAGGGGGCAUUGGGAGUUGAUAUGGAGGAGAAAGAGAAAGGCUCCAAAGCUGAUGCCACCAAGAUGUUUGGUGCCAACACGCCCACUGUGUCCUGCUCCUUUGACAGAUCAUACAUGUACCAUCUCCGUGUCUACGUCUAUCAGGCACAGAACUUGGCAUCUAUGGACAAAGAUAGUUUCUCUGAUCCGUAUGCACACGUCUCCUUCCUGCAUGUCAGCAAGACAACAGAGAAGCUCAGAGCAACGCUGAACCCAACCUGGGACCAAACUCUGAUAUUCAAUGACGUAGAGGUUUACGGAGACCCCAGACACAUUGCUUCCCGUCCCCCUGAGGUUGUACUGGAGUUCUUUGACCACGACCAAGUGGGGAAGGAUGAGAUGCUGGGCCGCAGUAUUUGCGUCCCACUGGUGAAGCUGAAUCCUGGCAUGGAUGAGACACCAAAACUGCUGUGGCAUCCCGUCAUCCAGAAGGGGCAUAAGGCUGGGGAGGCACUGGUGGCUGCUGAACUAAUUCUUAACGACAAGUCAAGUGAGUCAGAUCUGCCCCUGGUUCCCCCAAAGAGAGCCGAGAACCUCUACAUGGUUCCUCAGGGCAUCCGGCCUGUAGUGCAGCUCACUGCAGUGGAGAUUCUCGCAUGGGGCCUGAGGAACAUGAAGACGUACCAGCUGGCCUCGGUGUCCUCGCCCAGCCUGGUGGUGGAGUGUGGCGGCCAGAGGGUGGAGUCAGCUGUCAUCAAGAACAUGAAAAAGAGCCCCAACUUCCCCAGCUCAGUGCUGUUCAUCAAAGUGCUCCUUCCAAAGGAUGAGAUGUACACUCCCCCCAUUGUUCUGAAGGUGAUCGACCACCGUCCGUUUGGCAGGAAGCCUGUGGUGGGUCAGUGCACCAUCACUUCUCUGCAGGAGUUCAGAUGUGACCCGUAUGUCAUCACCGCAGACGGAGCCAUGGCCACGAAAAUGUCUCUGAUGAUGGCUUCAAAACCCAAAGAUGUUGCCAUCAUCAUGGAGGAGACAAGACCACUGCUGGAAACUCAGUUUAUGCACAGCAUGUCGGCCGCUGUCGACAAAUUGGCUUCUCCUACGUCCCACUUUGUAUGUAUGAAAGAAAAAGAGACAAUUGAUUGGUGGAGUAAAUUCUACUGUUCAACUGGAGACCGGGAGAGAUGUGGUCCUUACCUCAAGAAAGGCUAUGACACACUCAAAGUCUAUGACUGUGAGUUGGAGGGCGUCCCAGAAUUCAAAGGGCUGACUGAUUUCUGCAACACUUUCAAACUGCAGCGAGGCAAGAAUGAAAACGGGGACGAUGAUCCCACUGUGGUUGGAGAGUUCAAGGGUUCAUUCAAGGUGUACCCUCUCCCAGAUGACCCCGGAGUUGCUGCCCCGCCCCGUCAGUUCAGGGAGCUGCCAGACAGUGGACCCCAGGAGUGUCUGGUCAGGAUUUAUGUGGUUCGAGCCAUAGACCUGCAGCCCAAAGACAAUAACGGCAGAUGUGAUCCAUACAUAAAGAUAUCGCUGGGGAGAAAUACAAUCGAUGACAGAGAUCAUUACCUACCCAACACCAUCAGCCCCGUGUUUGGAAGGAUGUUUGAGAUGACGUGCUUCCUGCCUCAGGACAAGGACCUGAAAAUCUCAGUCUACGACUAUGAUCUCCUGACUCGUGACGAGAAGGUCGGCGAGACAGUGAUUGACCUGGAGAACCGCUUCCUGUCUCGAUUUAACUCCUACUGCGGCCUGCCACAGACCUACUGCAUUUCUGGUAUCAACCAGUGGAGGGAUCAGCUGAAACCAUCUCAGAUCCUUGAGACCCUGGCUCGCCUUAAAGGACUGUCCAAACCCAGGACUGAAGAUAACGGCACCUCACUCACUUUUACUGGCAGAGAGUACAGCCUAGUGCAGGUAGAGAACAACAAGGAAAUCCAUCAGCACUUGGGUCCACCCCGUGAACGCCUCUGUCUGCACGUGCUCAGAACGCAGGGACUCGUCCCCGAACACGUGGAGACUCGAACCCUUUACAGCAGCUUCCAGCCCAAUCUCUCUCAGGGAAAGCUUCAGAUGUGGGUGGACGUCUUCCCUAAAAGCAUUGGAAUCCCUGGACCUCCAUUUGACAUCACGCCUCGCAAGCCUAAGAAGUAUUUCCUGCGUGCUGUCAUCUGGAACACCACAGAUGUGAUCCUGGAUGAGACCAGCAUUACUGGAGAACACAUGAGUGACAUCUAUGUCAAAGGCUGGAUGCCAGGUAUGGAGGAGGACAAGCAGAAAACUGACGUCCACUACAGGUCUCUGGAUGGAGACGGCAACUUUAACUGGCGGUUCGUCUUCGGCUUUGACUACCUGCCAGCUGAACAACUCUGCCUCGUGUCCAAGAAGGAACACUUUUGGAGUCUUGACAAAUCAGAGUUCAGGAUUCCCCCCAAGCUGAUUGUUCAGGUAUGGGACAAUGACAAGUUCUCGCUGGACGAUUAUCUCGGUGCUCUGGAGCUGGAUUUGCGUAACCUUGUUGCUCCGGCGAAGACCCCAGAGAAGUGCUCUCUGAGGAUGAUGGAUGGUCUGGACAUAGUACCACCAAACAAGGAAGAAAACACCAAAUCUCUGUUUGCUCAGCAGUCGGUCCGAGGCUGGUGGCCUUGUUCCCUCCAACAGGAUGGGAAGACGGUCCUGGGUGGAAAAGUAGAGAUGACAUUGGAGAUUGUAAGUGAAGCAGAUGUCGAUGAAAGACCUGCAGGAAAAGGAAGGGACGAACCCAACAUGAACCCAAAACUGGACCCUCCCAAACGUCCGGAAACCUCCUUCUUCUGGUUCACCAACCCGUGUAAGACCAUGAAGUUCAUUGUGUGGAGAAGGUUCAAGUGGCUCUUCAUCGGAAUUAUCCUCCUCAUCAUAGUGCUGCUCUUCAUCGCAAUCCUGUUGUACUCUUUACCGAACUACAUCUCAAUGAAGAUUGUGAAGCCAUUCCAGUAACUCUACAAUGGAGGAGCAGCUCUAGCAAAGAGUAAAGGACUUUUGAACAUAUCAACAAGAUAUCAAGUCAAUUUUAUUAUUAUUUUUUACUGCCUAAGUGUUUUAUUAAUGGGAAGGGGUGCUUGCACAUUUGCACUGUAUCAAUGCACAAACGUUUUGUCAACACUAUUAAACUGUGACACACUUGUGAGCAGUACAUCGGGACAAAGACAUCUGUUAUACGUUUCCAGAAUACUGACAGUUCUGUACUUGGUAAUGCAAUGCACUACAACAGUCCUGUAAGAAAGUGCUGCAGUUUUAUUUGUUAAAAACAUUGUGUGGAAAAGGUGUUGAUCCAGCCCUAAGGUAGUACUUAGUGGUGACAUUGUCCUGGAUUGAAUAUUCCUACUGUUAUCAUUAGACUACAAGGUAAAGGGUUCCAUUUUUUUUAUGUAAUCAUACCCAAUGCAACCAAAGAAACAUUUCUGUCAUGUCAAGUGUGUUUGUCUUUUGUAUAUUGCAUUGUCACAGAACUUUUAAAUUAAAUAUAUGAAACUUUACAGCAGCAUGAGUCGGAAACGGUGUUAUUUUUAUUUAUUAGGAUUUAUUUUUUGUGUGUCUAAAUUGCCUAUUUUGAGGUGCCCCUGAGCUGUGCAUUCACAUGUAACACUAAAUGUUGUUGUAAAAAAAAGACCAACACAAGUUACGGUAUUGAAUGAAUAAAAGCAGUACUUUA